AUGCCACCAGUUGUGCAAAGUUCCAAGCCGAGAGUGAUCCUCGGUUUGAUGACAUUUGGACCGGAUCCAGCUGGCGGUGCCCGCAUCACAUCCCUUGAUGAAUUCAAUAAGUGCCUCGACUAUUUGCAGCAGCAAGGAUACAAUGAGAUCGACACGGCCCGAGUCUACGUGGGUGGUGCCCAAGAAGCCUUCACAGCCCAGGCAAAAUGGAAAGAGAGAGGUCUCACUCUGGCCACAAAGUGGUAUCCUGAGACUCCCGGUGACCACAAACCCAAAGUUCUGCGCGAGAACCUUGAACUGUCCUUGAGAGAACUGGGAACGGACCGGGUAGAUAUCUUUUACCUUCACGCAGCUGAUCGUUCGGUCCCAUUUUCUGAGACCCUUGAGGCUGUACAUGCGCUGUACAAGGAAGGGAAGUUCGUGCGACUGGGGUUGAGCAACUACACUGCGUUCGAGGUUGCGGAGAUUGUUAUCAUGUGCAACGAAAGAGGUUGGGUCCGUCCGACCAUAUACCAAGCUAUGUAUAAUGCUAUUACACGUUCAAUCGAAACGGAACUUAUUCAUGCCUGCCGACGCUACGGUCUCGAAAUUGUUACCUACAAUCCUCUUGCUGGAGGUAUUUUCUCAGGAAAAUAUAAAACCAGAGAUGUCCCUACAGAUGGCAGGUACAGCGACAAGUCCAUAGAUGGACAGCUGUACAGGAAUCGCUACUUUAAGGAUGCGACAUUCGACGCCCUUAGAGUUAUUGAGCCUGUGGUAGAGAAGAACAAUCUGUCACUUCUUGAAACGGCGCUGCGCUGGGUUCACCAUCACUCUGCAUUGAAUGUGAAAGAAGGUGGCCGGGAUGGCAUCAUUCUUGGAGUGAGCUCCUUCGCCCAGCUCGAAAGCAAUCUGCGAGACAUUGAGAAGGGCCCGCUACCUGAAGAAGUAGUUGAUGCCUUGGACCAGGCAUGGUUGAUCACCAAAGCAACCACUCCAAACUACUGGCAUCUGGACCUGGAAUAUACUUACGACACUCAAGAGGCACUCUUCGGGUCAAGGACGAAGGACUCUGGUAAACCGUCCCUGUCCUAG